GAUUGACUCAGUCAUUCCAUCGCAAGCUGCGACGACGUAGGGAUCGAUCGAAUUUGCGCGUUCGGUAGUGAUUACACACGAUUUUCCAUCGACGUUGUUUGGUUACUUCCGGGUAGAUAUGGAUAUUAGGAUCUUGACAUUGCUGUUGUUUGUCGGCAUCGCCGGAUCAUUUGCGGAGUUACGAUUCCCUCUCUACAGAGCACGCAGAGAUGGGCUGCAAGAGGAUAAACCACGCUUGGUGGAUUUCGUUGGGAUAACGAGGAUGAAACGAGAAGCUGGCAGGUCGAAAGCUGUCAAAAGUACCACUAUACCGACGAUAUUUAUAGAUCUGCCUGACAUCCUGCCUGAGAUCCCGCCUGACAUAAGUUCUGAAAGUACAUCGACGAAUAAACCAGAUCCUACGAAACCUAAGUUAGAUCCUACGGACUCUACGUCUGAUCCAACCAGUGACACACCAAAAUCAACGUCAACGCCAGUUCCUAGAAAUACACCGAAGUCAAGGACACCUGGAUCAGAACCUAAGACUACUAGCCCAACUGCCAAAUCCACCAAACCUAUGCCAGAAACCUCAAGUUCUAGUCCAAGUACUAAACCCACCACACCUAACUCAGAAAGUCCGACAACUAGUGAUCCCACAACACCUGACUCGGAGGACCCAAAUAAUAGCGAUACUAGCGAUCCCACGACACCUGAUUCAGAAGAUCCGGAAACUGAUUCUAGCUCUGAAUCCACGACACCCACCUCAAAGACUCCAGCUACUAGUCCAACUAGAUCUGUUACAUCCAAACGAGAAGCUACCACCCCUAAACAAACUACUAAGCCCCCGACACCUGAUACAAAAGAUCCAGAAUAUCCAGAAGAUCCAGAAGAUCCAGAAGAUCCAGAAAAUCCAGAAGAUCCAGAAAAUCCAGAAGAUCCAGAAAAUUCAGAAGAUCCAGAAGAUACAGAUAGUACUCCGACUACCAAACCCACAAAGCCCAAGAAAAAAACUCCAAAGAGUCCAACUGCUAAGCCCACGACACCUGAUUCAAAAGAUCCAGAAGAUCCAGAAGAUCCAGAAGAUCCAGAAGAUCCAGAUAGUACUCCAACUACCAAACCCAUGAAACCUAAGUCAAAAACUCCGAAACGUCUAGCUACUAAGCCCCCGAAACCUGAUCCAGAGGAUCCAGAAGAUCCAGAUGAUCCCGAAAACCCAGAAGAUCCAGAAGAUCCAGAAAACCCAGAAGAUCCAGAAAAUCCAGAAGAUCCAAAAGAUACAGAUAAUACUCCAACUACCAAACCCACAAAGCCUAAGAAAAAAACACCAAAACGUCCAGCUACUAAGCCCCCGAAAUCUGAACCAGAAGACCCAGAAAAUCCAGAAGAUCAAGAAAAUCCAGAAGAUCCAGAAAAUCCAGAAGAUACAGAAAAUCCAGAAAAUCCAGAAGACCCAGAAGAUCCAGAUAAUUCAGAUAGUACUCCGACUACCAAACCCACGAAACCUAAGUCAAAAAUUCCAAAACGUCCAGCUACUAAACCCCCGAAACCUGAAUCAGAAGAUGCAGAAGACCCAGAUGAUCCAGAAAAUCCAGAAGAUCCAGAAGAUCCAGAAGAAACAGAUAGUACUCCAACUACCAAACCCACGAAACCUAAGUCAAAAACUCCAAAACGUCGAGCUACUAAGCCCCCGAAAUCUGAUCCUGAAGAUCUAGAAGACCCAGAAAAUCCAGAAGAUCCAGAAAAUCCUGAAGAUCCAGAAGAUCCAGAUAAUCCAGAUAAUUCAGAUAGUACUCCUACUACCAAACCCACGAAACCUAAGUCAAAACCUCCAAAACGUCCAGCUACUAAGUCCCCGAAACCUGAUCCAGAAGAUCCAGAAAAUCCAGAAGAUCCAGAAAAUCCAGAAGAUUCAGAAAAUCCAGAAAAUCCAGAAAAUCCAGAAAAUCCAGAAGAUCCAGAAAAUCCAGAAGAUCCAGAUAAUACUCCCACUACCAAACCCACAAAGCCUAAGAAAAAAACUCCAAAACGUCCAGCUACUAAGCCCCCGAAAUCUGAUCCAGAAGAUCCAGAAAAUCCGGAAGAUCCAGAAGAUCCCGAAGAUCCAGAAGAUCCAGAAGAUCCAGAAGAUCCAGAUAAUUCAGAUAGUACUCCAACUACCAAACCCACGAAACCUAAGUCAAAAGCUCCGAAACGUCCAGCUACUAAGCCCCCGAAACCUGAUCCAGAAGAUCUAGAAGAUUCAGAAGAUCCAGAAGAUCCAGAAGAUCCAGCAAAUCCAGAAGAUCCAGAAGAUCCAGAAAAUCCAGAAGAUCCAGAUAAUGCAGAUAGUACUCCAACUACCAAACCCACGAAACCUAAGUCAAAAGCUCCGAAACGUCCAGCUACUAAGCCCCCGAAAUCUGAUCCAGAGGAUCCAGAAGAUCCAGAAAAUCCGGAAGAUCCACAAGAUCCUGAAGAUCCAGAAGAUCCUGAAGACCCAGAAGAUCCAGAUAAUGCAGAUAGUACUCCAACUACCAAACCCACGAAACCUAAGUCAAAAGCUCCGAAACGUCCAGCUACUAAGCCCCCGAAAUCUGAUCCAUCAGAUCCAGAAGACCCAGAAGAUCCGGAAGAUCAUGAAAAUCCAGACGAUCCAGAAGAUUCAGAAAAUCCAGAAGAUCCAAAUAAUUCAGAUAAUACUCCAGCUACCAAACCUGAGAGACCUAAAUCGCAAAAACCAACUACUAAACCUAAAGAUUCGAAACCAAAACCCGCACCUAAUCGCCCUGCUAAGCCUACGACGCCUAAACCAAACUCAGCACAACCUAAACCAAGAACUCCCGGAUCUAAACCGACCACUACUUCACCGCGUAAACCCUCGUCCAAGCCAAAACAGCCUAAUUCUGACAAACCACCAUCAUCUGAUACCUUGCCUUCAUUUAAUUCUCGCUUUGACCCUGACGAAGAACCCGAAGAACCUAGUAACCAACUUAAUGGAAAGCAAGAGCCGACUGUGAAGCAUCCUACGUAUCCUACGUUUCCUUUGUACCCUGUGGAUCCUACGAAUCCUUGGAAUCCUUUGUACCCUGUGAAUCCUACGAAUCCUUGGAAUCCUUUGAAUCCUUCGGAUCAUUGGAAUCCUUGGAAUCCUUCGGAUCCUACGAAUCCUACAAAUCCUACGAAUCCUACAGGUCCUACGGGUCCUACGGGUCCUACGAAUCCUAAAAUUCCAAAUUUGCCAGUCGAUCCUUCUUCCUUGCCGUACUUCGUCCCAAAUUUCCAGUCUAUUUUCGAUACUUACACUAAUCCUAAUUCCCAAUACGUGCCAAAUAAUGGUAACGAUUACUCGUGGAAUCCACCUACCGGUGGAUAUGGAUCUGCGACGUCAUUUGCAUCCGCUAGUGCAUCAGCUGGAGCUUCUGGUGACACGAAUUAUGACAAUCCACCGUUUACUUACAACGGAGGAUACCCCAACAAUCAGAACGCAGUCAACGAUCCCAACAUGCCCAUGGACCCGAACAUGUCCAACAUGCCUAUGGACCCGAACAUGUCCAACAUGCCUAUGGAUCCGAACAUGUCCAACAUGCCCAUGGACCCGAACAUGUCCAACAUGCCCGACAUGCAAGUGGAGCCGAACACGGGUUACAUACCGAACGUAGCCGGUGCACCGAACAUUUAUAACCCUGGGGAUUAUGGUAGCUAUGGCGGAGGUGCACCAUACCCUGAUUUUGUUUUUCCUAAUUUGGACAAUUUCCAGAAGCAAAUGGAGGACAAUUUUAAACAACUUCAAGCUCAGUUUGAAAAACAGCAGCAACAGAUCUUUGAUGCUACUAACCGCAUAGCCGCUGAUGGCGCCUCUGCACCUGGUGCACAUACUGCUUACUCUAGCAUUAAUUUGGGACCAGGAGGUGGUUACCAAACUGGUGCAAUCAAUCCGGUUCCACCAGGCGUGGAGUCUAGAUUUGCCGAAGAACUACCUCCCCCGUCAAGCAAUAGUUAUGGAGUAUUUAGUAGCUCAAGCUCUCAUACUAUGGUUGGCCCAGAUGGUAAAACAGUUUCCCACAAAUCUUCAACUACGGGUGUGAACGACAAUGGAAAAAUUACUUUCCGAAAAGUGGAGGACUAAACUAUACACCCACGACCGGAUUUAUGUUGAUAUUAACCUUCUUAAUGGAACGCGUACAUAACGCGAUAAAACAUUCUAUUCCCUCUUAUAUAUUUUUAAACUCAAGAUUCUCUGUAACUCAGGAUUAUAGAAAAGGUUUUUAAUUGUUUACUUAUUAAAUAUACUUAAGUGAUUGCCAUAAAAA